UCCACAUCAGUUAUCUAAACCAAACGCAACUCAUUCCCUCGUUUUCUCCUCGUCUCCCACCGUCUCUUUACUUUUUUUCCUCUUCCUCUUCCUCUUCCUCUCCCGCUUUUUUUUUUUUUCUCGUCUCGCCGAUCUCCUCCUCACAUUCCCUUCCCGGAAUCCCCGCACUCCCAGCCGCAGAUCCGCCUCCGUUAGGAUCUCCGCCUCCCGGAGAUCUCAAUUUCUGGAGAGAUUCUCUAUCCCCGAGAUUGCCGUUUCGUUUGCGGUGGUGCGGAUUCUCGAGAUUCGCUCCCAUGUCGGACUCUCACCAACGACCCGAGCAUAAUCCGCCGUCUAAGCGGCAGCAUCAUCCUUCUGCGGCUUCUAUGAAGCCUCCGUUAGUUGCUCCCGGCGAGUAUCACCGAUUUGACGCGGCGGAGACGCACGGAGGCGGAGGUCUUGAUCAGGUUUCCGAGGAAAUUGUUAUCAAAUCUUCCCUGAAGCGGAAGACAGAUUUGGUAAACCAGAUGGAUGAGCCUAGUGAAUUGAAUGCCGGUCUUCUCCAAACACCUGUGCCAGCGAAAGGAGGGAAGGCCAAGAAAUCAUCUAGAUCAGUGAAGGCUAAUGCAGGUUCUCCUGGAAAUAACUUGGCACAGGCUGGUUCUUGUCGAUAUGAUAGCUCGCUAGCUCUUUUGACAAAGAAAUUUAUCAAUCUGAUAAAACAAGCAGAGGAUGGUAUUCUUGAUCUGAAUAAAGCAGCUGAUACUUUAGAGGUACAAAAGAGGCGGAUAUACGAUAUAACCAAUGUUUUAGAAGGAAUAGGUCUGAUAGAGAAGACACUCAAGAACAGGAUUAAGUGGAAGGGCCUCGAUGUCUCAAACCCAGGCGAAACAAUGGAAAACAUAGCUAACCUACAGGAUGAAAUACAAAACCUUUCAUUUGAGGAGGCAAAAUUGGAUGACCAGAUCAGAGAAUCACAAGAAAGAUUAACAAGCUUGAGCGAGGAUGAAAACAAUAAAAGGCUUCUGUUUGUUACUGAAGACGACAUUAAGAACCUACCAUGCUUCCAGAAUAGUACGCUGAUCGCUGUAAAGGCACCACAUGGAACAACUCUUGAGGUGCCAGAUCCUGAUGAGGCUGGUGGUUAUCCUCAGAGGAGAUAUAGAAUAAUUUUGAGAAGCACUAUGGGACCAAUAGACGUGUAUCUCGUCAGUCAAUUCGAAGAGACAUUUGAGGACAUUCCUAAUGCUGAUGAACCUUCAAAUGUUCCAUCAACGUCUGGUCUCCCUGAUAACCAAGAUGUUUCCAUGCCAAUGAAAGAGGACAUCACCAUCAAAAACAUGGAAACACAGGCAGUUGAUGAUACACAAAGAGUUUCCUCCGACAUCGAAUCUCAUGACUUUGUUGAUGGUAUCAUGAAGAUUGUUCCUCCAGAUUUGGAUAUGGAUGUAGAUUACUGGCUUCGGUCAGAGGUAGGCGAAGUCAGCAUCACAGACAUGUGGCCAAACGAAUCUGAACCGACCUGGAACCAGAUGGUUUCAUUUGAUCAAGGCGCUGGACCGAGCAACACAACCAUGGAACAGUCACAAACUACGUCGAGCCCAAAACCAGAACAAUCCACUGCUAAGAGAUCGACAAGUAGCUGAAGUUACCUUACUACACUACAAACACCACCGCAUAUCUGUAUAUCCAUAGUUAUGUUGUACUUGUAUAGUAGCUGCAUGCGUUAUCAUAGCAAUUAGCAUUGCAAAAUAAAACUUGAGAAAGCAACCCUCUGUUGUUUUUUUUUUCUUCGUUUUUAGCCUAUCAGCAUUUGUAGAAUAGCCUUUAACCCAUUUGAUUUCUUAAGAUUCAUUCUCAAGUG